AGUAGAUAAGGCUGAGCAGGUGCCGUAUACUGUAUUUGUUUGAUUUAAAGACUUUGGACCCAGUGCAGCUCGCCGACUGAGAAAACAUGCAAAAGCUCUGCAUCAUGCCUGACCAGAUGGCCAGACUGUCCUGUAAAUCUCAACUCAGCUCUUUGAUUUUCCAUCACGCUGUUGCCUUCCUUCUCCUAACACACUCCCACGGAGGUCAGUCUCAGGCGACUGGUCAACCUCAGCCAAUAGUGGCAAUGGUCGGUGAUGACAUCACUUUGCCAUGCCACGUGAAACCUGCCACGGAUGCCGUUCACCAGAUGCUGGAGUGGUCGAGACCUGACCUGAACCCCAGAUUUGUCCAUUUGAGGCGGUUCGGCGAAGACCAACUGGUUGAUCAGAAUCCAUCCUACAAAGGAAGAACAUCGGCGUCCAUCGACAGACUGAAACAGGGAGACAUGUCACUGACGCUGUCCAAAGUGAAACUCUCUGAUGAGGGAACGUACAGAUGCUUCAGUCCAGGGUUAGAAACAGACUCUAGUGUUCAGCUCGUUGUCGUACCAGUAUCAGUCACCACCAUCGAGAUAACCAAAGUCAGCAGUGGAGUGUUGCAGUGUGAGUCUGAAGGCUGGUAUGCAGAGCCUGAGGUGUUGUGGCUGGACGGUGAGGGAAACCUCCUCUCUGCAGGACCUCCAGAGACAGUCAGAGGUCCUGAUGACCUCUACAAUGUCAGCAGCAGAGUGACUGUGGAGAAGAGACACAGCAACAGCUUCACCUGUAGAGUCCAACAGAAGAACAUCAACCAGACCAGAGAGACACACAUCCAGGUUCCAGAUGAUUUCUUCACGGAUUCGUCUGGUUCUAACUCUUCUGCUUCUACCAUUGGUUUGGUUGUCGGCAUCUUGUUUAUUCUUGUGGUCGCCUUCGUUGUGUGGAAAUGGAGACAAAACAAAACCAAGAACAAGAAGCACCUUGUGGAUGAAGAAACAUCGGGAGGAGAAGAGAGGAAGAGCAACUCUAUAAAUAAUGAUUCAGAACAGGAGGCUCUGAUAGAAAGAGAAACAGACAGCAGAGAGAAACUCACAGUAGAGACAGAGACAAUGAAGAAUCAGGUCAAGAUGGAAGAAGAAAACAGCGCUGAAUGUUUAAGUGAAGAAACAGGACGUUCAUGUCAAAUAGAGGAGGAAACACACCAGGAGAAAGCGGAAGGAGAAAUUAACAAUACUCCAGCAGAGGGAGAAACACAACCAGAGGAAACAAAGUCUAUACAUACUGAAAGAGCAGCUCCAGGUCCAGCAGAGAGAGGAACACAACCAGAGGAAACAAAGUCUAUAAAUACUGAAACAUCAGCUCCAGGUCCAGCAGAGAGAGGAUCACAACCGGAGCAGCCAGAGCAACCAAAUACUGAAAGAGCAGCUGAGGGUCAGAUGGAUGGAGAUGGACAACAACAACAGGUUAGGUCAGAAGGAAAGGCAAAGAAUGAUUCGGACAACAGGGAUGACAAUGCCAAGUCAAUAAGUGAAGAAACACCAGCUCCAGGUCCAGCAGAGAGAGGAACACAACCAGAGAAACCAAAUACUGUAAAUAUUGAAAGAGCAGCUGAGGGUCAGAUGGAUGGAGAUGGAAAACAACAACAACAACAGGUCAGGACAGGAGGAGACGCAAAUGAUGAUUCGGACAACAGGGAUGACAAUGCCAAGUCAAUAAGUGAAGAAAUACCAGCUCUAGGUCCAACAGAUGGAGGAACACAACCAGAGCAACCAGAUACUGAAAGAGCAGCUGACGAUCUGAUGGAUGGAGAUGGACAACAACAACAUGUCAUGACAGGAGAAGAAGCAAAGAAUGACAUGGACAACAAAGAGGAAGAUAACAAGUCAACAAGUAUAGAAACUCCAGGUCAGGAUUCAACUGAUGGAGAAAAUAAUGAUUUGGACCAGACAGGAGGACAGACGGUGAAGAUUGACCCCACUCUAUGUCCAACAGAGAGAGAAGGACACACAGAUAAUAAUAGAGACAGGAAAGAUGGAGUGGACAACACAACACCUCUGUCUCCAGCGGAUGGACCAUCUCAGAAAGAUGAAGACGAGGACACUGAAUCUACAAAUAAUGAACCAGCAGAUCAAGGUUCAAAUGAGGGAGACACACAAAGAGAUGAACUCCAGGCAGGAGCAGAGAGAAACACUGAGGACGAGAAAAACACUGAAACAGAACGUCCAUCUUCACCAAAAACAGAGCAGCCAACUGAAGAACAGCUAGAGAAGAGUCCCAACAGCAGAGAUGGAGAGGACGGUAUGACACCCAGGAAAGGAAACACAACAUCUGACCAGCCCCCGACAGCACAAGCACACAGGGAUGUGGAGAAUACAGAGGAAGAGACACAGAAAACAGAGGGAGAAACACAUGGAAAGAAACGUAUUAAUGGUCAGCCAGAGAAGCACCUGAAUCAGGCAGACAUUAAUGAUGCAGCAACAUCAAGAGCAGCAUGUGGAAAGAGAAGACAGAAGAAGAAGUGACAGAAAUCAAAAUGUGGCAGAAGAUGAGCAUCAUCUGAACACCGGAGGAGAUGACGCUAGUUAUUCAAGUGGCAUCCCAGAUCUUCAGCAUGUGACGGGGGGAGAAACAGACCAACAACAGAGCGCUGACGAUAGACAGAAAGGUGAUGGAGCAUCAGUUUAGUGUUUGAUGAUGGAGUGAAAAACACAGAGAGAAAUUUAAAGCAGACAAAGAGACAAUGACAAAUAAGAUUAAAAAAACAAAACUAUAGAUAAAAGAAAGAAUACAGAUCAAUUUAAACUGGAGGAGCCAGAGGACAGAAAAGUUGGCGAGGAAAAUCUGUC